AUGGACUAUUUGAUAAAAUCUUGUGAAAGUUUAGUCAACCCUACCUGUUCUAUUGAAUUUGAAAAACUUGUGGAAUUUGGCUUAACUGGAAUCGUCAUUCGUGAAUAUCAACUACAAGGAAUUAACUGGUUAAUAAAUUGUGAUUUACAAAAUCAUGGUGGACUAUUAUGUGAUGAAAUGGGUUUAGGUAAAACAUGUCAGGUUAUUUGUUUUAUUUUAGCUAUCAGUAAUUGGAAAUCUAAUGCUACUUUUUUAAUUGUAUCUCCACUUUCUGUUAUAGAAAAUUGGAGAUGUGAACUUCAAAAUAUUGCUCCUAAUAUUUCAUUCAUGACUUAUAUCGGUGAUAAAGUAACACGUUCUAACUUACGAUCUAAUUAUAAUAAAUCAAUUAAAAUUCUGUUAACUACUUACGAGAUUUGUAUUAAUGAUGAAGCAUUUUUUAAAACAUUCUAUUGGAACUAUGUCAUUAUUGAUGAAGGGCAUCGUCUUAAAAACUCUAAUACUCAAUUGUAUUCAAUGUUAAAUGAGACAUGUCUAGGAAUUCGUUUUAUACUAACUGGUACACCAGUUCAAAAUAACUUAGAAGAGUUGUUCAAUUUACUGCAUUUUGUCGCACCUAACUAUUUCCAUGGAAAAUUACGUUCUACAUUUUUAACUCAUUUUGGCAAUGCAGAUAAAAAAGAUGAAACAGAUCAAGAUAUGGCAAAAAUUCUACGUCCAUUCCUUUUACGGCGUAUUAAACAAAAUGUCUUAACUGAUUUACCACCACGUGCAGAUAUUUUAAUCUAUCAUUCACUAACUGGUUUACAAACACAAAUUUAUCGGACCCUAUUAACACGAAAUGCAGAUUUAUUUCAAUCUAUUACUGGUCAACAUAAUAAUGAUCAACGUAUUCACAAUCGUUUACAGAACUUGAUUAUGAAUUUAAGAAAAUGUGUAAAUCAUCCAUAUUUAUUCGAUGGUAUAGAACCAGAACCAUUCACACUUGGUGAACAUUUAAUUCAAACCAGUUCAAAACUUUUUCUAUUAGAUCUUCUUUUACAAUUUCUAUAUAAUCCUAAUUAUUCUAAUUUGGGCAAAUCAUUUUAUUCUUCUAAUUCAAAACCUGUACAUAAAGUUUUAAUCUUUUCUCAAAUGACUCGUAUGCUUGAUAUUAUACAAGAUUAUAUGACUUUAAGAGGUUAUAGUUAUGAACGUUUAGAUGGUUCAGUACGUGGUGAAGAUCGUUUUCAAGCUGUUAAAAGUUUUAAUGAAGAUCAAGAAACAUUUGUGUUUCUACUUAGUACUCGUGCAGGUGGUCAGGGUUUGAAUCUUGUCUCUGCUGAUACUGUUAUCUUUGUUGAUAAUGAUUUUAAUCCACAAAUCGAUGUACAAGCCGCUGGGCGUGCUCAUCGUAUUGGUCAGACCAAGCCAGUUCGAAUAAUAAGACUUGUUUGCCGGCAUACUGUUGAAGAAGCAAUAUUAUCUCGUGCAGAGACCAAAUUAAAGUUAGCAACUCGUGUAUUAAAUACGACAGAUUCAAAAAAUCUAGAAAAUAAAACUGAUAAACCGUUCACAUUCGAUGAGUUGAAUAAUGUUCUUAAAUUCGGAUUGGCUAAACUACUCAAGACAACUGAUAACGAUGUUGGCAACAAUGAUGAGGAUGACAAGAAAGUUAAUCUGAAUUUUACUCAAAUACUUGGUGAAACAGAUCAUGAAACAGGACACUGGUUACCAGUUCCUCCAUCCACCAUAAAUAAUGGCACCUUAGAAGAACAGAUAAAUUCUUGUGGUUGGGUGCUACUCACAAAUGAACCGUUUCACUGUGAACCUAGUGAAGCUGAUCAAGAAGCAGUUAAAAAGUUGCAACAAGACUAUGAAUUAACCAAAUCUAAAUUAAGCGUUGAAGAUGAUGAAUUGCUUGCAUCAGAAAAUAUCACAGGAUUUAGCGUAUCGAAUUCUACUUUCACCAAAUUGAAUAAGCAUCGCAAAAAGUUAACACCAGAAGAAAUUGAAGCUCGUAAUAAAAAGGCUGCUGAGAAUAAAGCUAAACGUGAAUAUAAACGAAAAGAAAAUGAAGCGAUUCGGAGCGCUGAACGUUUAGAAAGAAAACUUUCCUUGUGGCAAUCUGUUGGCUAUAAAACAUUCAGUGUGUUCCGAGAUGAAUCAACUAUAGCUGAAGUAAAUCAUUAUCCACAUCCUAAUCAUAGGGAUCAAUUCGAGAAUGUACUUGAUAAUGAUAAUGACUUCCGAGAUGAAAUAAGAAAUAACAUGACAAGUGAAGAGUUUCCAUAUGGAACUGAUGCUGGAAUCUACUAUAAAAUUGGUGAUGCCUCUGAGCCACUUAGUAUUUUCUCAUUAAUGAAAGCUGAAAAUAAAAUUGAUGGUACACCACCAUAUUUUGUAUGUACUACUAUUGAUAACAGUGGUCAUUGGAGUCAUGGUGGAAUAUUUCGAGCUCUUGAUAAACGUAGCAAUAAUCAAAUCAAAGAUGCAUAUGAAUUAGCUGGUCAAAUGGAUGAUUUAAAUUUAGGUGAUUGUUUAAUUAUUCCAAUUGAGAAUCCUGACAAUUCAUCAUCUUCAUCAUCAACAAAAAAAGAAAUUAAAACUUUUAAUGACUAUUUAACCAACCAUCAUAACAAUAAUGAUAAUAGUGAUGAUGAUAGCACUAAACCGAUUGUCCAUAAUCAUUGGUCAAAUAAUUUUUCUGGCCUGUUAAUUGCUCAAAAACAUUCCAGUAAAACGUAUUCAACUGGUGAAGCUCCAGAUUUAAAACUAAAUGCAUUAGAAAAAAGUUUAUGUGCUCUUGGAAUGGCUUGUGCACGUUUGAAAUUGUGCUCUGUUCAUAUUCCUCGAUUAGGGCAUGGAACUCAAGCAUUUACAUGGUAUAAAAUUGAAAGACUAUUAAGAAAACAUCUUGUUGAUCAUCAUCAUAUUUCAGUAUAUGUAUACUAUUAUCGUCCAGUUAAUGCAGAUAAUCAUCAUUCAUCUGGUUCCUGUACAACAUUUACUGCUUCAUGUUCGUCUUCAUCAACUAAAGAACCUUUUAAGUCUCUGAAACGAAAAAUCUCCUCUUCAGAAAACAAAAUUAAUUUUAAUCAAAAUCUGGAAACUAUGCAACCAGCCAAAUAUUUGUAUAAUUUAUUUACAGGCAAAUCAUUCUAUAUUGACAUGUUUCCUUCAGACAACCAGCAUAACAGUAAAUUAAACCAGAGGAUGAAACCGAUCGAUAAAGAGAAUUGUUUUCAAUUAUCUGCAUCAUGGAUUUGGCAAAGUAUAAAAAAGCGUAUCUGUCUACCAGAAUCUGACUAUAAUAUAAUGUGA